AAGGUUUACAACCGCCGGCGACAAGUAUUUUGCUGCAAACCGUCUUCGAUUAUGAAUCCUAGUAGUAGAAUGGCGCGCGAUCCUCGACUAGCGAGACUUCAGUCCCAAUCAACUCCCACUCCUCCAAGUUCUUCCGAAGCUCCUGCUCCGGUCAUCAACACUGCCCACAGUACAUUGUCAACACUUCAAUAUCAAGCCAUUAACCAAUACCCCGAGCAAGCAAAUACCCCGGCAUACAAAUCUCGCCCCCUUUUCUGUGUAGUCUGUGCUAGCAAUCAAAACAGGUCAAUGGAGGGACACCAUGUUCUCGCUAAGGCCGGAUUUCAUGUUAUUUCGUCAGGGACGGGCUCAGCGGUGCGCUUACCUGGACCGUCAAUAGACAAGCCUAAUGUCUACAACUUCGGAACUCCUUACAACUCCAUAUACGAAGAGUUGCAGACGAAAGAUCCUCGAUUAUAUACAGCCAACGGGGUUCUUCAAAUGAUAGAUCGUAACCGGCGAAUCAAGCUUGCCCCAGAACGUUGGCAAGAGAGUAAAAUGGUUGCCGACAUUGUUAUCACCUGCGAAGAACGAUGUUUUGAUAUUGUGUGCGACGACCUCCUGGCUCGAGGAGGGGAUUUUAAUCGACCUGUUCAUAUUGUCAACGUUGAAAUCAAGGAUAAUCACGAAGAAGCAUUGCUCGCUGGUAAAGCCAUUCUUGACCUUGCUACAGCGAUUGAAGCUGCUGAAGAUAUUGAUGAAGAGUUUGACAGGAUAUUAGAGGUCCAGCAGACGAAACACCCUCAUGCCCUUUUGCAUGCAGUUGCUUUUUAUUAAGGCAAUCUCUGUGGAAAUAUAACCCACCUGCUAGCGAUCUAAUUUCAAGCUCCUCCAACACAUUCAAUCAGGAGGAUGUACAUACACUAAGUAGUUCAAGAUAUGUAUCUACGAUAGAAUAAAAGUUGUGAUCCAAAAUCUCCUAAGUACACUAGAUGUUCAU